CUGUAUUCUAAAUUAAUUUUCCCUCCCAAAAUUCAUGCUUAGCUUAAGAGUUGAAUCCUAGUUUUGAGCCAGUGGCUUGGCAGGCUAGGCUCUUGCAUGAAUGGCACUUUUGUAAAGAAAUUUUUGGAUUUUGGGAGCUGAAGAUGGAUGAAGACAGGUUUGAAGGGGCGAAUGGAGUCUUGGAAGAAGGGUAGUUUUUGUGAUUUGAGUAAAAAAGUAGAAAGUAAUUUUUAAAGGAUGGAAGCAAAAAAAGUGCAUAGGAAGAUAAGAAAGGAGACAACUUUAGUUAACUACUAAAUUCCAAUAGCAUUUCUUCAUUAUUUUUCAUCUAAAUACUAUUUUCCACACAAAAAAUAUUGUUCUCCAAUUAAAUUCGAGUAAAAAAACAAUGAAAAACACAACACUAAGACCAAAAAGGCACC